AUGCCCGGAACUCCGCCCAUCAAGAAACAGCAACAGCUGCUCACCCAGCUCACGGUGGUGCGACAGCAGAUCCGGGAGGACGAGGAGCGCGUGGAGUGGGAUAGAGCGGAGCGGGAGAAGGCGGAGCGGGAGCGGCGGGCGAGGGAGGAGGUGGAGCUGCUGGAGCGGGAGAGGGCGCGCCUGCAGAAGGAGCUGGCGGAGUGGCAGCGGGCAGAGAAGGAGCGGGCCCGGAAGCCUACAUCGGGGCGCGUUGAGUCCCCCCGGAGUUCUCUGAAGGCCGGCCCCAGCAAACGCCGCUGCGAUGCCAAUGACAACAAUGACGACACCGACAACGACGAUGACGACAACAACGAUGACGACACCGACGAUGACGACGCUGACGAUGACGACGACAUCGUCAACAUCACGCCCAAGCGGAAGCGGGCUCAGACUGAGACCGUGUGGGCUCCGGCCAAGUAA